AUGGCGACAAAUGCUCAAGGCGAGGCUGCAUUGCAUCCCUACCUCCAGCGCGAUGGUAAUGUGACGCGCCUCAUUGUAAAGGGCAAACCUUUCCUGAUGUUGGCUGGAGAACUCCACAACUCAUCUCUAAGCUCAGCUCGCUAUAUGGCAGAUAAAUGGCCGACAAUGAAAAAUAAGGGUAUCAAUACACUUCUCGGUUCUGUUGGCUGGGAGCAGAUUGAGCCUAUCGAGGGCGUAUUCGACUUCUCGGCGGUAGACGAGGCCAUCCUCGGAGCCCGGCAACAUGGUAUACACCUUGUACUCCUGUGGUUUGGAGCUUAUAAGAACGCCUCAAGCAUUUACUCACCCUCAUGGGUAAAAAAGGACGUUAAACGUUUUCCGCGGGCACAGAGUCUCGAGGCCGGCGGCGGCCGGAAUGUUCUCGAUGCCGUGACGCCCUUUUCUUCGGAGUGUGUCAAAGCCGAUGCGAAGGCAUUUGGCAAGUUGUUGGCACAUUUGAAAGGCUUCGAUUCAGACCACUCCACGGUGCUCAUGGUUCAGAUUGAGAAUGAGCCAGGCAUACUCGGCGACUCAAGGGAUAGAUCUCCCCUCGCUGAAGCAGCAUUUAAGGAACCCGUCCCCGAGUCUCUACUCCAAUACCUAGCCAACAACCAACAACACCCAAGAUUCGCAAAACAGUUCCCCGACAUCCCCAAAGAGGGAAAACACACUUGGGAAGAAGCGUUUGGUCCUGGCCUGCUCGGCGACGAAGCCUUCAUGGCUUUCCAUUUCUCGAAAUACUUUGAACAAGUCGCUGCAGAGGGCAAGACUUCGUACCCGCUACCCUUCUAUGCCAAUGCCUGGCUCAAACUCGACCUUGAAACUAUGGAUCGCUCCAACCCUUCAUCCAUAGUGACUAGCGCUAUCGUGGCCGGUGGUGACAAGCCAGGGAUGUAUCCAUCUGGUGGAUCUUGCCAACAUGUUUUCGAUAUUUGGCGGUUUGGGGCUCCUUCAUUAGACUUUCUUUCGCCAGAUAACUACUUUAAUGACUAUGAUAUGAUCUGCCACGACUAUAGUCAUAAGGGAAACCCGCUCUUUAUUCCCGAACAGAGACGCGAUCAGCAUGGCGCUCGGCGGGCGUGGCUGGCCUACGGAACAUAUAGCGCGUUAGGCGUAAGCCCGUUCGGCAUUGAUACAGGCCCUGAAGAUAUUGGCAGAGAGUACCGGCUACUAAGCCAAGUCAAGGAUUUUGUCUUGGGAGCCUCCCGAGAGGAUCGCUUCGGUUUCUAUUUCGAUGAAAUGCAGGAUCCCCCAAAGAUUGAAAUGCCAUGGCUUAGGAUAUUUGGAGACAUGCAAGUUACGAUCGAGAGAUCCUUUGUAUUUGGCAAACAGGGUCCUGGUGGAGGUAUGAUUAUCAGAUUAGCAGAGCACAAGUUUCUUUGUGUCGGAUACGGAUUCCAGGCGAGAUUCAAAAGCGUGAAAAGGGGAAUUAUCUUUACGGGGCUUCUAAACGCGAAAGAAUUAGAAGCAACACAGGAAGGGAAUCUUCGUCGGCUACGCAUGUUAAACGGCGACGAAACAAGGGGUGGUAUGGCUUUAGUUAUGCCUAACCAAGAACCUGACUAUGGCGAUGUUCCCAUUGCAACAAGUGUACCGGCUCGCACUGGUAUUGCUGAGGUUGAAGUGUAUACCCUAGAGGGGGGAAGUUAG